AUGGCAAAUCCUGUUGUUAUAAAUAGACACUUUUUGACUUUGGGAAACCUUUUGAAAAGUGAGAAUUUAACAGACAAGCCUGGAACAAUAUUUAAUGUGGAUGAAUCGGGGAUGAAUUUAGAGUUGAAUUUAGACGGAAACUACUCUGCCAGUGGCCCCACUGAUGCUGUAUAUGGCAAAUCCGACAAUGGAUAUAUGGACGAAGACCUGUUCUUCAAGUGGUUUACUCGUUUAUUUGUUCCAAAAACUAAACAUUUGGGGAAAAGAAUCUUGAUAAUUGAUGGCCACGGAUCCCACAUCAACCUCAAUUUGAUAGAUGCUGCUAUGGAGAACCAAGUUAUCUUGUAUUGCCUCCCCCCUCACACAACUCAUGUGCUUCAGCCAUUGGAUGUUGGAUUGUAUGGUCCACUCAAGACAUACUUCAGCAGAAUUACUGACAAGAUUCAUAUUGCAAGGUUGGGCAUCACAGAAAUGUUACAAUUUAACUGA